AUGCCAAAACCAGACGAUGCUUUGGUAACUGACCAAUGUUCCGUAUCCUACAUGACACCAUGGGCAACAGUAGUAGCGUUGACCACCUGCUACUUGCUGGUUAUUUUAUGGAUCUGUAAGAAUGGCAAAAAGAUGUGUCUUCCGGUCCCUGACAACCUUUUUCCUUAUCAAAAACAGCUGAAACAGUUGAAACGAGAGCUGUCACGAUACCUUGUCGAGGAUAACUGUAUCGAAAUUUUUGGCACACCACUGGCUCACACUGCUCAAGGUACACUUUUUCGUGGAACACUUGUACCAAGAGUGAAACAUCGAACAACUGAAAGAGUCCCUGUGGCUGUGAAAGUUAGUCAUCCUAAUCCAAGGCAUAGCGUUGCUCUCUUAGAAGAAUCAGCACGGAUUUGUCGUCUUUCGCAUGCCAACAUAUCUCGAAUCGUUGCCGUCUCUCAUCUGUCAUUUGCAGUUCUGCGACCCGCUGUGGCAGUAGAGUGGUUAGCGGGUGGAAAUCUGGCUGACUAUUUCCAACAUCAAAUUCGUGAUCGAGAAGAACGAGAUCGACCAUUAAUAUUACUGAAAGAUAUACUUGACUUACUGGUACAAGUGAGUGCUGCUCUGAAACAUUUUCACGAGGUUCUGGGCGAUGUUGCCCAUGGAGCAGUCACAACGGAAAACGUACAGCUGACGUCGAAGGACUUGCGGAGGUGCGUAAUUAAGCUGAGCUGUCUCUAUCCACCAACAACAUCCAGGCUUCCGCCGGAAAUUGUUUGUUCUACCGAGCGGAAUCCUAAAUACAGACAAGAAGGUGACAUUUGGAUGUUCGGUAUAUUGUGCUGGGAGAGUGUGACGUUAGGCGCGGAGCCUCACUAUCAAAGAACUACGGAAGAAAUUCAACGUUGUUUUCGCUUGCCGGAUCGAGGUCUCGCUUGUCCCCAAGGCUGUCCAUUAGAUGUAUGGUCUUUGGCGAUGGAAUGUCUAUCGGAAGCUCAUCGUCGUCCACGUCUUACUGGAACAACACCUAAUCUUAUGGAAAGAGUGCAAAUGUUGCGCAGUUUUUACGCGCAAUCGAUGGAAUGUGUAUAUCCUGUGCCGAACAUAGGGAAUUGUACGUGCAUAGAACAUAAAUGUAAAAGAGGAGAGAGCUUCGAUAGAGAAUAA